CGUUGUGCUCCCGUCCAAGUGCUUGAAGGCGAUUCUGAGACUGGAGAGCAGGCACAGCGAAGAGAAGAGAAAGGGGAAAAGCUAUGGGGAGGAAGAAGACAGUGGAAUUCGAUGAAUCUCCGCCGGAUGAUUUCGAUCCGGAGCAUCCGUAUAAGGAUCCAGUGGCGAUGCUAGAGAUGAGGGAACACAUUGUGAGAGAGAAGUGGAUCGAUAUCGAAAAGGCGAAGAUACUGAGGGAAAAGCUCAGAUGGUGCUACCGUAUUGAAGGAGUCAACCAUCUGCAGAAAUGCCGCCACCUUGUUCAACAAUACCUUGAUUCCACUCGUGGCAUCGGCUGGGGCAAGGACGGACGCCACCCAUCCCUUCAUGGUCCUAAAGUGGAGGCAGCCGAAUCGGAGUGAAUCGCUGGGUGGAACAACGGAAACACCUAGGAUAUUAAAUCCUAGGUAGGUGGUCCCAUGGAUUGAACUCAUUCCUCUAAGCUAUUAAUCGAACCCAUGUUCUUUAUUUACCACUAGGCCAACCUCACUUUGCAAAGUUAUUCCAACAAUUCCCUUUUGAGUUCAACACAUGGAUAGGUGUACUUGUGUAUUUGCAAUUGCCAAAUCAAAAGUUGCAUCCAUUGCUAAUAUGUGGAACUCGGACAAUGAAUUGUGGAUGCUUAAGUUUAGAAGAAAUCUAAAAGAUGACGAGAUUGAGGAAUGGGCAAUCUUCACUGACGUCCUAGCGGGUAUUAUGCCAACAAAUCAGCCUGAUUUUUAGAUUUGGAAGCUAGAAAAAGAAAUGGUCUUUCCUCAUUAAGAUCAUUAUUGACACUGUAAUCCUCUAACAAUUCCUCCAUUGAGAUUGACUUUUAGAGAAAGAUUUGGGAGUUCCAAUGCCUUAAAAAGGAUCAAAUUUCUUGUUUGGGAGAUUAGCCACUUCUGUCUUAACACCAAUGUUUUAAAAGGCUAUUGAGGCUUAUGCCUUGAGGCUCGCCUCGAGGAACGACUCUAAGUUUUAGCCUUGAGACUUACACAUUUGUUGAACCACAAGAGGCUUACGCCUCUCACAAAAGAGCCUGUGCCUUUGUGAAACUGCAUUGAGGCUUAAAUCUCUCUGUCUCGCCUAGUGAUUAGAAAAAUAAUAGUCAUUUGCCUAAUUCUUAAAAAAUAUUAAGGUUUGAGAUGUGACAAUGCGAACAAAGACUAUUUUUACCGUUGUGAUCUUAAGAACACUGAAGGCAAACAUUUAUAGUAUAAAUCAAUCCUAUUAAUGAUAAUAGUAGUAGUAAAGAUGAUCAAGAUGUCCCUUUAGAAUUUUUUAUUGAGUGAAAAUUGUGGGGAUGGAGUUUCUUUUUACACUUAUAUGACUAUAUGUUUAGCAGUACUUGGUCAUACUAAUGUAGGUUUUGUAAAAUGUUUCUAAUUCAAUAUUUGAGGCUCACACCUCAUAUCGCCUCGAUGCUUACACUUCGCCUUUUGAAGAGGAAAAACCUGAAGGUUGCCUUUAGCCUUUUAAAACAUUGCUUAACAUUAUGGAUAGACUAUAAACUGAAUGCCCCUGGAUCAAUCUCUUCCCCUCAUGGUGUUGCCUUUGCCAUAAACACAGUAAAUCUAUGAACCAUUUGUUCAUCCACUGCGUUUACAAAUAUUUGGCCAGAAUUUUCCACUGCCUUCAAUUCAAUUGGGUUACUGUCCUCCCAUUUGGGUCGAGUGAUUGGAUUAGAAUGACACUGUUGGUGUAAUGCCCUAGGUCCAAAUCUUAGGCCUGGGGCAUUACAGAUGGUAUCAGAGCGAAAGGGACGAAUCAAGCAGAAGCUAGUGGGAUGUAACAAUCCGAGUUUAGGAGGGAGAUAUGAAUGAACUGAGAUUACAUUCGAAUGAGAGGUAUUAUAAGGAUAUGAAAGUAAGAAAGGCUUAAAAGAAUUGAAAGCCACUAUCUAUACCAAUAAGGUGCACCUUCCUUUUUGGUGGCUCAAUCAUAGGAACUCCAAAGUUAAACAUGCUUAACUUGGAGCAAUACUAUGUUGGGUAAUCUCCUAGGAAUUUUCCUAGGAUGCAUGGGAGUGAGGACAAAGCAUGUUGAAAGGAUUGGUGUUGGUUUGACAACUUUCACUUCUAAAAACAUUCAAGACAAGUAAGGAGGACGUAACCAGGUCGUAGGGGAUGCAGGGGAAUGCCAGGGCCAUCAAGUGCCAAAUUUGGAUUCCGAAUCUUGGGCUUGGGGGUGUUACAGAUGGACUAUCCCUUUAAAGACACCAAGGCUAUUUUAUGGACCAGCUUCAUAUGCGCAGAUUUAUCCAAGUUAUGGGAAGAAAGGAAUGCUAGAAUCUUCAAAAAAUCUAAAAAAUGCCAUCAAAGGAUAUCUUAGAUGCAUCCAUUUUCAAUGCUCUUUAUUGGUGCAAACAUUUACAGCCUCUUAAAAAUCACAGUUUAGGUUGUGCAAACUAUUGCUGCUUCUCCUUAUCCUACAUUGUAGCAAGUUCAUAAAUCCUUCCGGGGCUUGUAAUCCUCACCAAGGAUCCAAGCUUUGGGCUGGAACACCAUGAUCCGCAUCUCAAUGCCUAGACUUGACUUUCUAUUGCUUUUUUUUUUUUUUUUUUUUUUUUUUAAAAAAUUAUUUUUUAAACCAUCAUGGGUUGGCCUAGUGGUAAACAAGAGAACAUCUCCUUGAUAAAGGGCUAAGAGGUCAUAAGUUCAAUUCAUGGUGGCCGCCUUACCUAGGAUUUAAUAUCCUACGAGUUUCUUUGCACCCAAAUGUUGUAGGGUCAGGCGGGUUGUCUUGUGAGAUUAGUUGAGAUGCACGCAAGUCGACCCGGACGCUCAUGGGUAUAAAAAAAAGACAUUAAAUUUUUUUAAAUCCAACUUUUAAGGAAAAAAAGCAUGAAUAUUUUUUAAAGAUGUAUUUUUUUCCUCUACAGUCUCAAAUAAUACCUCAAUUAUCUUAACUUCUUGUCAUUUAA